AUGGCGAAGCAAUCGAAGCUGGUGAUACUUCUAGCAGUGUUAGCCUUCGUCCAAGGCUCACGGGGACACGCGCGGACCUUUACGAGAUGCCAGUUGUCGCGGGAACUGUUGCGAUACAAUUUUCCACGAAGCUUAAUACCUACUUGGGUUUGCCUGAUAGAACAUGCGAGUGGACGCACUACGGACAAGGUCACAAACCACAACAACUCCUAUACUAGUUACGGACUCUUUCAGAUAAACAACAAAGAAUGGUGCAAAAAAGGCAGAAAAGGCGGCCACUGCAGCAUGAAAUGCGAAGAUCUCUUGAAUGAAGACCUGGCUGACGACGUGAGGUGCGCGAAGAGAAUUUACGACCGCGUCGGAUUCAAAGCCUGGCCUUCAUCUUACGCCUACUGCAAGGAGAAGAGCCUUCCCGACCUGUCCCGCUGCUAA